UUGAAGAUGGAUAUAAUAAAGUUUACCAGGACAUGUCAGCCAUGACGAGUAGGUCUGAGGCGUGAUUGUUUAGAGGAUUUUACAAACAAGAUGAGAGAUAUUGUUAAAGUCUUCAAAAUGCUCAGUGAGGCAAUGGUUGGGAUUAUAUAUAGAUCAAGAGUCAGAGUGAUUUAUUAAAGGGAUCUGAAAAUCUCUCGAAAAUAGUGAAUUAAUAGAAGGAAGUAAAGAUAAUCCUUCUCGCUUUCUUGAAGCAUUCAAAGAAGUUAGAAGCUUGAUGUUCAAGAAUCUUGAAAAGAAAUAAUAAAUGUUUGAACAAUCUAACUCUUCCUGAUUCAAUCACUUCCAAUCGGACAGCUUCAUCUCAGACUCCAUCUUCACAACUGAUCUUCUUCAGUCAAUCACCAGGACUCCAGACUGAAAGUAAAGAAUCAGAAGAUCGAAAAAAGAAUAAUAAGAGGGAGAAUAUUUUACAGAAAGAUUGCAAUACCAGAAAACUCGCGGAUCCUUCAGAUAGAAAAUUCAUGGAUCUUGGUGCUGAAAGAUACUCUCAGUCCAAACUUUGCCUAUCGAGGCCUGAAGGAAAUGAGAGUUCAGCAUCUCUUGGCCAUGAUGGUUCACUUACUAAUUUAGCCAUGCAAAAGUCCAAUAAACUGCAUGAUAGGAAAGAUAAAGACUCAGAGUCCUUGGUCAAACACAAAAAGAAAACCUGAUAUUCGAAGAUAAAAAUUGAAAAUAAUUGAGAGGAAAGCAAAUCAGAUUUAGAAGAGAACUCUUUCUCAUUAGAGAAUCCUCCAGAUUCUAUAUCAUCUCAAUCACUCAGAGAAUGCUACAGUGAUUACUUUAAUAUCAUUCGUAGGCCUGAUCGGGAUAAAUUUGGAAAAUUCUACCGAAAAGUAUUUCAGUGAAAACUUUGCUGAAAAGAAAAGAUUGAUAAUUUAAAGUGUGUGCCAUUUGAAACUGAGGAGGAGCUUAAGAUGAACGAUCACAUAUCGUCCCACUCCAAAGCCACUCUAGCAUACUUCUAUAAAUAAGCGGGAUGUGUCCAUCUUGUACAAAGAAAGUAGGUGACCUUGCUGCUUCAAGGAGUUCAAGUGCAAGUUUAGUCUGUUGAUGCAUGUGCGUGGUCAUUGGGUGUACGAACCCAGUGACAACCCGUUCAAGUGCCCUAUUCCCAACUGUGAUUAUGGAUACUACAGAUAUGAUGUACUAAGAAAGCACUAUGAUACUCAUCUGAGCCAACUCACUCCUAAAGAGAGAAGAGAUUUACCAAAGAGAUUGAAUGUGAGAACAAAUAGCGCCCAAGUCACCAGGGAUUAUAUUAACAAACUCAACCACCUUAGGAGCAUCGGUCAGACUCCUCCAAAUUUCAAAUUCUUCACAGUGAUGGGAGUAUCCUUUGAAACCUACAUUGACUCCAAACUCAACUUGAAUGACUCAAGAUAUCUCAACAAGAAGCUUGAUAGAGAGCUAAAAUUGUCAAUCAUUUAAUUGCAGUCAAUAA